GUAUGGUCAGACGGAACGAUAACGGUCCUAGCCGGGCAUGUUGCCGAUCCUUCUGGUUCAAGCAAAUGAUGACUGAGGAGGUCACAUGAUCUAUGUGAGAGGUGCUGCUCGUUCACUUGUUACGCAAUGCGCCUCAACCCUUCUGAUCUUGAUCCGGAUUUGAAAUGAAUGUGAAAACCGAAUUUGGUCGCUCGGACAGUUCGGCAGCUUCUCGGCUUUGAUGCUGCUGCCGCAACACAACGCCUCGGCUCUAAUGCGCCCAAAGCCCUGUAUGAGAGGGUUCCUCUCGAACUCGCAUCCUAGGAAUCGAAAACAAAGCAGCGUUGGCAAGGCUGAGAGCGACUCUUCCAGGGUUUGAACAUGCAGCAUGAUGACGUAAUCUGGGACAUCAUAGGAAACAAACAGUUCUGCUCCUUCAAAGUCAAGACAAAGAGUCAGAACUUCUGCCGUAAUGAGUACAACAUCACCGGGCUGUGUAACCGGGCAUCCUGCCCACUGGCCAACAGCCAGUACGCCACCAUUCGGGAGGAGAAAGGUCAGUGCUUCCUGUACAUGAAGGUCAUAGAGAGAGCAGCUUUUCCUGCCAAGAUGUGGGAGAAGGUGAAGUUGAGUAGGAACUAUGAGACGGCAUUGGAGCAGAUAGAUGAGAACCUGAUCUACUGGCCUCGCUUCAUCAGACACAAAUGUAAACAACGUUUCACCAAGAUCACACAGUACCUGAUCCGCAUCCGCAAACUCACCCUCAAACGACAGAGGAAGCUGGUUCCUCUGAGCAGGAAGGUGGAGAGGAGGGAGAAGAGAAAAGAGGAGAAAGCUCUGAUCGCCGCCCAGCUGGACAACGCCAUCGAGAAGGAGCUUCUGGAGAGACUCAAACAGGGAACGUAUGGAGACAUCUACAACUUCCCCCUUCAUGCCUUCGACAAGGUCCUGGACCAACAAGAGGAUGAAAGCCAAUCAGAGUCUGAGGUAGAGGCAGAGGAAGAGGAUGAUGAGGAUGUCGGCAAGCGGGAGUUUGUCGCAGAGGAAGAAGUUGAAGAGAGUGACCUGAGUGACUUUGAGGACAUGAACAACAUGAAGACCAGCAGUGAUGAAGAGCAAGAAGAUGAGGAGUUGAGCGAAGAGAUGGAGACCGAAGAAGAGGAGGAGCUGGAGAUGAAGAGUUCUAAGGUCAAGUCCAAAGGCAAGGCCCCUGCCAAGGCCACCCCAUUCAGGAAGAAGCGGGCAUAUGUCGAGAUCGAGUAUGAGCAGGAGAUGGAACCAGCCUCCAAGACCAGAGACACGACGUUCUGAAACACCUCGCUUGCCCACUUGGAGGGUUCUCAUACUGAGGGUAAUGACCUCAACCCAGGACUCCUGCACUCUUCCUGAAGAGGGCGCCUUGCUCACAAAGCCUGUGGAGUAUUGUCAGACGAUUAUCAUUCUUAUCUGGUUCACUCCCAAACUCCCUCUCCUACACACAUGCACACACACACAUGCACACACACACACACACACUCUUUUCUGUUCUCUCCUAUAGUCACAGUGUAUUACUCUGCAUCCACCUCUGGGACACUCCUGCCAGUGUGUGUGUAGGAUUGGGUGUGGGAUUAGACAUUUGGCUGCAUCUUCUUUAUUUCAAACAGGCAUGCUAUGAUGACAUCAGUCUGGUCGUCAGUUGUGAAUAAGUGUGUUUUUAAUGAGGGGGGCGGAGUCAUCACUGAUUGAUGCCCCAGCACACACCAGUCCACCAUACUGGAAACCAUGUCCCAACACACACCAGUCCACCAUACUGGAAACCAUGUCCCAACAAACACACCAGUCCACUAUACUGGAAACCAUGUCCCAACACAGACCAGUCCACCAUACUGGAAACCAUGUCCCAACACACACACCAGUCCACCAUGCUGGAAACUGUGUCCCAACACACACCAGUCCACCAUACUGGAAACCAUGUCCCAACACACACCAGUCCACCAUACUGGAAACCAUGUCCCAACACACACCAGUCCACCAUACUGGAAACCAUGAUGAAACGGUUCCGAUGACUGGCGAAGUGAUUUAAGAGUUGAUGUUUUGCAAACGUAGAUGCUUUUGUAAGACGUUAAGGGUUUGUUUUGUGUUUGCACGAAGUUUUGUCUUCAGGGGAAUUACAGUCCUGUAUUGUAGGUUUUAAAAGAACAUGGACAAAAGAAAAUAUUUAACCAGAAAUAAGACUUAACUAAUGGUAAAUAUCAGUUUAGUUCAUGUUCUCAGACAGAUAAACAUACUCCAGGUUUUUAAUAACCUACACAAGUGAUUCCAUUGAAUUUAAGUGCCAAUUAUUUUGAAAGGUUUUUUUUUUAUAUAAUACAACCCGUCAAGUCCAUGUUGGCCUUUUUAUUUUCUAAGAAAAGAAAAAAAAAAUCUAGAUUUUUUUUUUUCCAAGGGCUUUGACAAAAAACAAAAUCUGGUACAAUCAAAUGUUUGGUGCUAAAAAUAUUCACAUUCAAGCAAUGAAUGAAGUAACUCAAUAAUUUUCCACCACUUUUGAAAAAAAAAAAUAAAAAUCUGAGGCCAUGAAA